CACACCACCGAGGCGCGGCGGGGCUGGGCAGGCUAGAGCGACGCUCGGCCGUACCAUAGAGGGGCGGCGGGGGAGGCGGAGCGGCGCCAUGGCGGAGGCCGCCAUUCUGCGGGUGGUGCACUGCGGGUCCGCCAUCUUCUGCCGGCGCGCGCCGCCCCGCUGCCCCGCGUGCAGCCGCCCCCUGCCGAGCGGGCUGCAGGGCGCGCCCCUGCGCGUGCCCAGCCCCUUCCGGCACGGACACCGCCAGCAACGGAGCUUCCUGCUGCGGGCCGCGGCGCCGAGAGACGGCUUCCGAGGCUAUGAUGGGAGCUCUGAUCUUCACGUUGGAAUAACCAAUAGUACCGGAGUGGUGUAUAAUUAUGAUGAAGAGGGCAUCCACAGAGAUGAAACUGGAUGGGAACAGUGCAUCAGUAUCCCACUGGUACAGCCGGACAUGUUCGAGCUCCUUGAGCAGUGGGAUAAGCUCCUAGAGGAAUUUUCGGUGCGAGAGGCCUGGCUUCCUGACAGGUAUGAUGAAAAAGCCCACAACUGCUACACAUAUGCACUGGCAUUCAUUAACAGCAUCCUGACCACCCUUGGGAAACAGCAAAUGAGCAAGAGUGAAUUCACGGAGAAAUUUGUGAUCUCCCACACAAAGAAAGCUUCCCGAUACAUCACUCUGCAUCAGGAGCUGACAGCUAAGGAGUUCUACAUUGUACCUUUGCCUGAGCAAGAAGGGCGGUGCUCAAAAUGACAAGCUGCUCUAUUCAAACUUUGCAACCCGCAGUAGGAAAAGAAGUCUUAACACUCCACAACUCAGGGUUUCAGAUGGAUGGUGGAUUAAAUGUGUUUACACGGUAAGCUGCACAUCAUGGAAGGACUGGGAAACAACUGGUGUGUUUGAAUGAAAUACACACACACACAAUAUAAAUGCUACAGAAGAUUCCUAUAGGAACUGUCCAUAUGGAAAACCAUUUUCCUGUCUGCAGUCACUAUAUGCUGUCUUCUGCCAAGACACUUAACACCAGAAAUCACAACUGCUGUAUAAUCAAGGGGUUUGACAAAUGAACUGUAGUAAUUUAAGAUGUAGUAAACCAAAAUGUUGGUUUUGUCCUGUCACAGUUGUUUACUGGUGAGUGAAAACAAGGGAAUUAGUGCUUGUACGCUGCUGGAAUCCAAAGUCCAUGAUUUAAUGCAGAUUCACUACCUGCAAAGUUAUUUUCCCUUAAUCACGAAUAAAUAUAACAAAUAAAUCCA